AAAUAGCGCUUCUCAGAGGGUGUAUUCUAACUACUUGUAUUGUAAAUGCAAUGGCUGAAGCUCUUGCCAAGACUGUAUUCAUCAUCAUCAACAUCAACAUCAUGAUAAUAAGCAUCGCUCUGAUCUGGGCCGUAGUAGUGGGAUUCUGCUGCCUUCUGUGGCUCGCUUUGGGGAUACGACACAGGCAGCCUGGUGAGCCUGCAGUUGAAAAUGGCUUCAUCCCAUACCUGGGCUGUGCUUUGCAAUUCGGGGCCAACCCUCUUCAGUUCCUCCGCAGCCGCCAGAAGAAGUACGGCCAUAUUUUCACCUGCAAGAUCGCUGGCCAGUACAUUCAUUUCCUGUGUGACCCCUUCUCUUACCAUUCAGUCAUCAGACAAGGGAGGCACCUUGAUUGGAGGAAGUUCCAUUUUGCUACAUCUGUCAAGGCGUUUGGCCAUGACAGCUUCGACCCUCGCCAUGGCCACACCACAGAGAACCUUCACCAAACCUUUCUGAAGACCCUGCAGGGUGAGGCUCUCCCCUCCCUAAUAGAGACCAUGAUGGGCCACCUGCAGGACGUCAUGCUGAGGUCAGACACACUCAGUCCCAGCAAAGACCACUGGGAGGUGGAUGGCAUCUUUGCUUUCUGCUACAAGGUGAUGUUUGAAUCUGGCUACCUGACACUUUUUGGCAAAGAGUUUGGUGAAGAUAAGUGUCAGGCUAGGCAGGCGGCCCAGAAAGCCUUAGUGCUCAAUGCUUUGGAGAACUUCAAAGAGUUUGACAAGAUCUUCCCGGCACUGGUGGCUGGUCUGCCCAUCCAUGUCUUCAAGAGUGCCUACAGUGCCAGAGAGAACCUAGCGAAGACCAUGCAUGCUGAAAACUUGUCCAAGAGGAAGAAUGUGUCUGAUCUGAUCUCUAUGAGAAUGAUCCUGAAUGAUUCCUUAUCCACCUUCAAUGACCUGAGCAAGGCAAGAACUCACGUCGCUCUGCUUUGGGCUUCACAGGCUAACACCCUGCCUGCUACCUUCUGGAGUCUCUUUUAUAUGAUCAGGAGUCCAGAUGCAUUGAAAGCAGCUUGUGAGGAAGUGCAGAAAGUUUUGAAAGAUUCAGGCCUGACAGUUGACCCCAGUGACCCCACACUGAAGCUUACCAGGGACCAGCUGGACAACAUGCCUGUUUUAGACAGCAUCAUAAAAGAAGCCAUGCGUCUUUCCAGUGCUUCCAUGAAUGUGCGUGUUGCCAAGGAAGACUUCCUGCUUCACCUUGACAAUCAAGAAGCUUACCAUAUAAGGAAAGAUGAUGUCAUUGCCCUUUAUCCACCCAUGCUGCACUACGAUCCAGAAAUCUAUGAGGAUCCCUGUGAGUACAAGUUUGACCGUUUCCUGGAUGAGAUGGGUCAGGAGAAAACCACUUUUUACCGCAGUGGGCGGCGGCUACGUUAUUUCUACAUGCCCUUUGGCUCCGGAGUCACCAAAUGCCCUGGCAGAUUUUUUGCUGUGUAUGAGAUCAAGCAGUUCCUCAGUCUGGUUCUGUCUUACUUUGAUAUGGAACUAUUGGACCCUGCUAUCAAAGUCCCUCCUCUUGACCAGUCCCGUGCUGGUCUGGGAAUCCUCCAGCCUACCUAUGAUGUGGACUUCAGGUACAAGCUGAAAUCAAACCACUAGGCUCUGUCUUUGUCAGACAGAGUGAUUAAUGUAUAUUGUACAUAGUAUAUAUUUAACAGUGUUAAAUAAGAUGCUUUGCUGCAUAUGUAAAUAGACUGAACUAUACAUUUUUGUUGCUUUAAUGUACUGUGCCAAACAAUGUCUCUGUUGAAAAGGGCUAAGUAGCAUCCUCAGUUUCUGUGAAAAACAGGCCUGGAGCCAUAUAAAUUCAUAUUACUUACCAUAAAAGUGUUUUUGCAUAUUUGGGUUAUUUACUAAAAAUCCUGUGGAGUUAAAUUACUGCCAACUGAUUUUCUACUGUGGAGACAGCCAUCGGCUUUAAUAGAUUUCACUAAGCCACAUUUCUGCAUCAUGGUAAUGCAAUGUAGACAAAUAACUCUGCAAUUAUCAUUCCUUGAUUGUUACACAAAAAGAACAAUAGAAAUAGAAAUAAAAAAAUAAAAGCAGUCUUCACUGUGAUUGACAGCCUGGCAGGAAAUCAUAUUAUCAUGUUUUUCAUUCACUUACCCUGUUUUUCAAUAAGAUGAAAGUCUAAAUGCUGUUUCAAAAGCAUUUCCAGACUGGUAAGAGUAUUUUUAUUGAUGAAUGUAAUCUCCCCUCAGGUAGCUCAGAUCCCCAUAGAAAAAUAUCAUGUGGACCUCAGUGUUCCAGGUUGUAGCUGUGGAUUACAAACUGUAAUGGGUGUUUCGAGUAUUUGAAAGAUGAUUUUUAUAUCAAAAUGAAAUUAAUAGCAUCAGAUGGAAAAAUGGAAAGUUGUAAGGCAAAAUCAUCAGUGAUGUGAAGUAUCAGCAUUUCUGUACUUUUGAAAUACUACCAAUUGUGUUACAUGUUAGCAUUGACUAUUACAGCCAGAGUUCUGCAGUGACAUAUGUUCUUUUUCUGUGUAUUCAUCACAUGGCAUAAAAAUAAACAUUGGCUCAUC